AGGUGGUCACAUGCUGCGCUCUCCUUCUCUGAGGGAACGUACACGGACCACCUGUGCCCCGACGGAGGACCCGCUCCCAGGAUGAGCCCCCGAUAGGAGGAGAGAGGUCAGAGGGCACAUUAGGGCUCAUGGGACAACACCCCCAAAUGUCCACUUCAGGGAUCAACAGGAUGGCGUCUCCAUCAUCCCCGGGGACGAGUGGCAGCCCCCCGCCGCAGGCUUCUCUCUCCCCCAAAAAGACCACUUUCCAGUCUCUGGGCUCGCUCUCGUCGGGCGCCGCCUCACCUGCCGGACCCAGGAUGCCGCCCAACCCCCCGAACUCCCCCAACAUGUCUAUCAUGAGCUCGCCUAAACUGUGGCACAAAGCCUCCAUCUCCAGGCUGGCAGAGGAGUUCUUCUGGAUCGGGGGCAGCGUGGUCGCUCGGCCUCAAUGGAGGCUGGGACAGAUCGUGGAGAGGUCCAUGUGUACCAUGCAGACGGGAACACAAAUGAGCAAACUGAAAGGAAAGAAGAAAGGACUUACAAGGUUCUACUUCCUGGACGAGCACAGGUCCUGCAUCAGGUGGCGACCAUCCAGGAAACACAACAAAGCCAAAAUAACUAUCGACUCCAUCCAUGAGGUGCGUGAGGGCAAAAAGUCGGAGGUGUUCAGGAGGUACGCAGACAACCGCUUUGACCCCAACUGCUGCUUCAGCAUUUAUUACGGCGAGCGCGUCAAGUCCCUGGACUUGGUGAGCACCAAGGCCGACGAGGCGCGGACCUGGAUCUCCGGCUUGAAGUACCUCAUGGCCGGCAUCAGCGACGAGGACAGCCUGGCUCGCAGGCAGCGCACCAGAGAUCAGUGGUUACAGCAGACUUUCUCCGAGGCGGACAAAAACGGUAACGGCACCUUAAGUAUCGGGGAAGUCCACCAGCUGCUCCACAAGCUCAACGUCAAUCUACCCAGGCAGAAAGUCCGUCAGAUGUUCCAAGUAAGACCGCCGUCAGAAACCAUCAUCUCAAACAGCCGGCUCGGACCACCUGUGUCGCCGUCUUUGCAGGAGGCGGACACGGACGAGAACCAGGGUUCUUUGGGGUUUGAGGAAUUCUGCUCCUUCUACAAGAUGAUCUCUACGCGCAGAGACCUCUACCUGAUCCUGAUCUCCUACAGUAACCAGAAAGAAGUCAUGGACCUGCAGGACCUGGCUCGCUUCUUGGAGAAUGAGCAGAAGAUGCGAGGUCUGGCCAGGGAGCACCUGGUUGACAUAGUGGCCAAGUUUGAGCCGUGUCCUGAGAACCUGCAGCGUAUGGUCCUGGGAAUAGACGGUUUCACCAACUACAUGCGAAGCCCCGGCGGGGACAUCUUCAACCCGGAGCACCACCUGGCGAACCAGGACAUGACGCAGCCUCUGUGCAACUACUUCAUCGCCACGUCACACAACACCUACCUGACAGGUGACCAGCUGCUGUCCCAGUCCAGCGUGGAGAUGUACGCUUACGUCCUGCAGGCCGGAUGCCGCUGCGUGGAAGUGGACUGCUGGGAUGGACCGGACGGGGAGCCCAUCAUCCACCACGGGUACACCUUGACGUCCAAAAUACUCUUCAAAGAAGUCAUUGAAACCAUCAACAAAUACGCCUUCGCUAAAUCACAGUACCCGGUGAUUCUGUCCAUAGAGAACCACUGCACGGUGCCGCAGCAGAAAAGGAUGGCCGAGUGUCUCAGAGAGGUGCUGCAGGACAAGCUGGACGUGUCCAACGUCAACAUUCAGGAAUGCAAGAAGCUGCCCAGCCCUGAAAUCCUGAAGGGUAAAAUACUGGUCAAGGGAAAGAAGCUUCCCGUAACCCUAGACUCCGACGCUGAGGAAGGAGACGUGUCUGACGAAGACACCGGGGACGACGAAGACGAAGACGAGGAGGAAGACAAUGACACACAAGAGGAGGACGGCGGUCUUGCUGCUCAUCGACCAAAGAAGAGACGAUUCGGCAGGUCGAUCAUGAGGAGCUUCAAACGCAAGAGGAAAAAGAGAAUGAGAGUGAGGAGUAAAGGGAGGUCUGAUGGAGAGUCGGACUACAGCAGCAGCAGCAGAGACAGGACGCAGAUCGUUUAUCACCCCAAGAAAAGGAAGACAAUGAGGUUGUCCCGCCCUCUGUCCGACCUCGUCAAGUACACAAAAUCCGUCCGAGUGCACGACAUAGAAACACAAGGUACCCAUCAGUUAUCUUACUUCCCUGUCAGAUCUUGGAAUGGGAAAGUUCACAGCGUCCUUUUGUGUUUGCCAGCCUUUGCCAACAGUUGGCAGGUGUCGUCGCUUAACGAAACCGUCAUGAACCAGAUCCUGCAGCUGAAACCCGGUCCGCUGGUCCGCUUCAACCAGCGCCAACUCCUCAGAGUCUACCCGUCCAACUACAGGGUGGACUCCAGCAACUUCAACCCGCAGCCCUACUGGAAUGCAGGAUGUCACAUGGUGGCCAUGAACUAUCAAACGGAGGGCCGCAUGCUUGAACUGAACCGUGCCAAGUUCUCAAGCAACGGAAACUGUGGCUACAUUCUCAAGCCUAAAAUCAUGUGUAAAGGUGCCUUUAAUCCCGAUUUGGAAGAUCCACUUCCAGGGCAGAAGAAGAUCCAGUUAGUGUUGAAGAUAAUCAGCGGUCAGCAGCUGCCCAAACCCAAAGACUCCAUGUUUGGAGACAGAGGGGAGAUCAUUGAUCCGUUCGUUGAGGUGGAGAUCAUCGGUCUACCAGUCGACUGUUCAAAGCAGCAAACCAGAGUGGUGGACGAUAACGGUUUCAACCCCAUGUGGGAGGAGACUCUGGUAUUCAACAUCCUAAUGCCGAAGAUCGCCCUGGUGCGCUUCCAAGUUUGGGAUCACGACCCCAUAGGACGGGAUUUCAUUGGCCAGAGGACGAUAGCGUUUAGAAGCAUGAUGCCAGGUUAUCGACACGUGUACUUGGAGGGGAUGGCAGAGUCUUCAGUCUUUGUUCACAUUUCAAUCAUUGACGGCAGGAUCAAGCCCAGCAAUGCCGUCCAAGUGGCUAGAAAACACAUGCAAAAAGUGGCCAAGAAACACAUGAAGGGCCAACAAAGGCAGCCGUCCCGGGAGUUCUCUGUGCAGUCCUCAGAGGACUGGCCCCCUCUGUUUUUCCGCAAGGACGGCGACUCCUUCUCCCAGGACAGCAGAAACGGAGAUGUGUCUCCCCUAGUUCAAGGGCCGGCGGCCAGGGCUGCCAUGCACAAAGGCGCCAUGAGUGAACCUAUGAGACGAGCUCAUAGGGUAAAAAAUCCCCUUCCUGCAGAGACCAGGAGAAGAAUAUUCAGCAAAAUGUCCUCUACCUAUUCAAGCCAGGUCGGUUCUUGUACAGUGGAGGACAGCUUUGACUUGGAUACCCCUCCAUGUCCGCAGAGUCCAAACAAGGACAGUAACUGUCCAGCUCCUGAUUUCGAUGUAACUCAGUCUUUGGAAUCUAACGAUGCUGAGCUACACACACUUGGACCAGAGGAGCCUACAUCUUCUGAGACAAUCCAAAGGACUGAUCCACAACGACCAGAAGAACCUCCACUUCCAAUCCCUCAGUCCAUACCGCAACCUCCCUCUUCUUGGAAAGCCAAAUUUUCCCCUCUUAACCCUCCUUCAUCCCCUCUACGGGUCAGAAGGACUUUAGAGACCCCGGCCAAUCGGAGAGCCUUCACCCUGAUACGAGAAAAAACCCGCUCGCGCAGCUGCCCCCGGAAACCCAGCACCUCCCCUCUGACUCCCUUGGUGAACCGCAAGCCUUCUUCCUCUCACUGGCAGCAGACGUGGCGCCAGGUGAGGACCAUACCCAACGGUCUGUGCUUGUCCGACAGCUCGUCCAGUGGGGACGGCAGCUCGGACAGCCUAGAGUUAGGAGCCGGCGCUGUGGCGGCGGGCUCUGAGCAACACGACGGCACCUUGCAGAGGGAGAUGAAAGCGCUUUUUGAGGAGAAGAUGCGGGAGAUCCGAUGUAAAUCACCAAUUUUUUUCGAUGAUGAUGACUUUUGAGUCAGCAAUCUGGACUUUGAGGUUCUUUUGGGGGUCUAACCCUUAUUAGAUUGGAGUAUUUUGACCAGCAUUUUCCUGCCUUUUUUUGUAUCGCUGGAUGAACGGCACCGACACGGAAUGGGUAAGACUGAGGUGGAGCCAGCAGUUUUCCACCGCCGGUACUACAGGAUUCGUACAUUUCAUCAUCAGUGAUUUUCCAUAUUUUUCCAAAACCUUUUACUGAAUUUCCAUGAUGAAAAUGGAUAAUUGUAUUUCAAUUGGGACCUUCGAAAACUUACACUACAUUAUUACUUAUACUACAUACUAUUGUUCUAGUGGUACUCAUUUGGCAAAAUCUGGGACCUCGGGGACUAAAUUUCUUGCCAUCUCAUGUGUCUCGUGUGUGCUGUAUGACAAUAAAAUUCCUUGAAUCCU